AUGGCUGUCGGCAAGAACAAGCGUCUUUCAAAGGGAAAGAAGGGUCUCAAGAAGAAGACCGACACCUUCGCGAAGAAGGACUGGUACAACAUCAAGGCCCCAGGAACUUUCGCCGUCCGAGAUGUCGGAAAGACCCUCGUCAACCGUACCACCGGUCUCAAGAACGCCAACGACGCUCUGAAGGGCCGGAUAUUCGAGGUUUCGCUCGCCGAUCUCCAGAAGGAUGAGGACCACGCUUUCCGCAAGGUCAAGCUCCGCGUCGACGAGGUCCAGGGCAAGAACUGCCUGACCAACUUCCACGGUCUCGACUUCACCUCCGACAAGCUCCGCUCCCUCGUCCGCAAGUGGCAAUCCCUCAUCGAGGCCAACGUCGUUGUCAAGACCACCGACGACUACCUCCUCCGCCUCUUCUGCAUUGCCUUCACCAAGCGACGACCGAACCAGGUCAAGAAGACCACAUACGCCCAGUCGUCCCAGAUCAGGGCCAUCCGCAAGAAGAUGGUUGAGAUCAUGGCCCGCGACGCCAGCUCAUGCACCCUCGCCCAGCUUACCCAGAAGCUCAUCCCCGAGGUCAUCGGUCGCGAGAUCGAGAAGGCCACCCAGGGCAUCUACCCUCUCCAGAACGUACACGUACGAAAGGUCAAGCUCCUCAAGGCACCCAAGUUCGACCUUGGUGCCCUCCUCGGUCUCCACGGCGAGUCAAGCCAGGAUGACUCUGGCCAGAAGGUUGAGCGUGAGUUCAAGGAGACCGUCCUUGAGCAGGUUUAA